UGCCAUUCUCGAAUAUAUACCGAAGUCUUCUCGUUUAUCAAACUUGUUCAUAUCCGUGGUGUAACGAAUCCUAUUGUGUCCGGCCUUUUAUUACUGCUCUUGUUUUGUUCUUAAAAGUGACUUGUCAUCCCAAUAAUUUCUCUUUUUUAUGUAUCUUACUCGACCAUCCUUGCCAUCGUUGGAGUAGCCUGUUCUACCACGUUCAAGAUGUCGGAGACUACCAAACCCAAGUUCUCCCAUCUCCCUCUCCGCACGAGCGGUCCGAUAGAAUGCGCCGUGUCCGGAACAGUCUUGUUGAACACGCCGUACUUCAACCGCGGUUCGGCGCACACGGCCGAGGAGAGGCGCGUGUUCAACCUUACCGGCUUGUUGCCUGCUAGCAUCCAAACCCUCGAGCAGCAAGUUACGCGCGCAUACCAGCAGUACAUCACUAGACCAGACGCCUUGGCUAAAAACACCUUCCUGACGUCGUUGAAAGAGCAGAACUUGGUCCUAUAUUUUAGGCUUAUACAAGACCACUUGAAGGAGAUGUUCAGUAUUAUAUAUACACCAACCGAGGGCGACGCAAUUCAAAACUACUCCCGGUUGUUCCGACGGCCCGACGGGUGCUAUCUAAAUAUCGACGACAUUCAAAGGGUCUCACAUGACUUGGCUCAAUGGGGAAAUCCUGAGGAUAUCGACUACAUCGUCGUUACAGACAGCGAAGAGAUCCUCGGUAUAGGAGACCAAGGCGUAGGCGGGAUUCUGAUCUCAAUUGCGAAGCUUGCGCUCACUACCCUCUGCGCCGGUAUCCAUCCUAACCGGACGUUGCCAGUCGUACUAGACUGCGGGACGGACAACGAGCACCUCCUUAACGACCAUUUGUAUCUCGGUCUGCUCAAAAAGCGGGUACGAGGGGAGAAAUACGACAUAUUCGUGGACGAAUUUGUCAGGUCGGCUCGUAAACUGUACCCUCGUGCUUAUAUCCACUUUGAAGAUUUUGGCUUGGCAAAUGCUCGUCGUAUUCUGGAUCGGUAUAGACCUGAGAUCCCCUGCUUUAACGACGACGUUCAGGGUACUGGGUGCGUGACCCUAGCUGCUAUCAUGGCUGGGUUACACGUGAGCAAGCAGAAACUCCGGGAUAUUAAGAUGGUCGUCUUUGGCGCUGGAAGUGCUGGUGUGGGUAUUGCCGACCAAGUCCGCGAUGCUAUUGCCACCGAGAAGAGAAUCAGCAAGGAAGAGGCGGCGAAGCAGAUCUGGCUAAUCGACAAGCCCGGCCUCCUAACCACCAAAUGCGAACUGAGCAAGGACCAACGCAUCUACGCCAAGGACGCCUCCGAGUGGGACAACAAAGACCGCUCCCUCCUCUCCGUCAUCAAAACCGUCCGGCCCAACGUCCUCGUCGGCACAUCCACCGUACCCAAAGCCUUCACCAAAGAAGUCGUCCAAGCCAUGGCCGAAGCCACCCCGCGCCCCGUCAUCAUGCCCCUCUCCAACCCUACCCGGCUCCACGAGGCCUUCCCCGAGGACAUCCUCAACUGGACCGACGGCAGGGCCCUCGUGGCGACCGGAUCGCCGUUCCCGCCCGUCCGGGGGCCCUGGGGUAAGAACGGCGAGGAGGUCGAGAUCAGGGUCGCCGAGUGCAACAACUCGGUGGUGUUCCCGGGGAUCGGGCUCGGGGCCGUGCUCUCGCGCGCGUCGCGCCUGACGGACAAGAUGCUCGUGGGCGCGGUGCGGGGCGUGGCGGCCAUGUCCCCGACGCUGGGGGACGACACGGCGCCGCUGCUGCCGGGGGUCGAGGACGUGCGCGCCGUGAGCGCGCGGGUCGCGCGGGAAGUCAUCCUGGCGGCGGUGGAGGACGGGGUCGCGACGGAGCGGUGGAUCCCCGCCGUCGGGGACAAGGAUCGCGGGCAGGGCGGCGUCGAGCAGCCGGACGAGCUGGACGAGUGGAUCGCCGAGCAGAUGUGGGAUCCGGUGUACCGGCCGCUCAAGCGCGUCGAGCCCGAGGGCGCGAGCCGCACCGCUAAGGCGCAGUUGAAGGUUGUUGGGAGCUUGGAGAAGGAUGGGGAGAGGGAGAAGGCUGCGAGGGAGUGAGCGAGUGGGUAUGUACCUAACUUUAGGUACUUACUUACCUACCUACCUACCUAAGUUACCAACCUACCUUUCUUUUGGAGCUUUUGGAUAUUGUUCCUUAAAAGGAGGUAUCUGGGUAGGUACCUAGGUAAGGGGUCUUGGGGUGGUGUAUGGAAUGGGGAGAAGAUGGUUGUGUAAAAAAGGGGGUUGGUUACGUGUUGCUAUUAAGUUAGGUUAGGUUAGGUAUGUCCGUAGAUAUUUAAAACUUACGUAGCUGUUUACCUAUAAAAGAAGAGAGCCUUGAAGAAAACGCGGCAGAUGUACGUGUCUGAAGAGUUAGUUCAACUUACCCGAACGUCGGGGUCGCGAGCCGCGAGACCGGGAUAGGGGGUGUAUAUGCACCUACCUACCUAAGAUAUAUUUGCAUAAUUGAGAGAACAUUGUUAUAAUUAUAUAUACCU